AUGCGGCGCUGGAGCUCUGCGCUGUUCAGGGAGCUGCUGCGGCUCAGCCAGCCCGGUGGGGCCGGAGGCUCCGCGCUCAGGCGCCCGCCAGCCCCGUUCGCCGCGGCCGCCUGGGGCACCGGCUCGCUCCCCACUCCCCGGCCGGGGCGUCUGCCGCCGCCGCCCCCCGCCCGCAGCGUCUGCACCCGCUCGGAGGGGGCCCUGCAGGAGCCCGGCAAGGGGCCGCCGCUGUCCGCCAGGGCGCCGCCCGCCGACAGCGGCGGCAACAACAACAACCACAACGGCGGCCAGGAGCUCGCUGGAGGCGGGGGGGACAAUAAGAUGAAGCAAGGUCUCUUGCCUAGCUUGGAAGAUUUGCUGUUCUAUACUAUUGCAGAAGGGCAAGAAAAAAUUCCAGUUCAUAAGUUCAUUACUGCACUCAAAUCUACAGGAUUGCGUACGUCUGAUCCACGGUUGAAAGAGUGCAUGGAUAUGUUAAGACUGACUCUUCAAACGACUUCAGAUGGCGUCAUGCUGGACAAAGAUUUGUUUAAAAAGUGUGUACAAAGCAAUAUUGUAUUGCUUACUCAGGCCUUCAGGCGAAAGUUCGUCAUUCCAGAUUUCAUGUCGUUUACUUCACACAUUGAUGAGCUGUUUGAAAGUGCUAAAAAACAAUCUGGAGGACAGGUUGCUGACUAUAUUCCACAACUGGCCAAGUUCAGCCCUGAUUUGUGGGGAGUGUCACUUUGCACAGUGGAUGGACAGAGGCAUUCUGUUGGAGAUACCAAAGUCCCCUUUUGUCUUCAGUCCUGUGUAAAGCCUUUGAAAUAUGCUGUUGCUGUUAAUGACCUUGGCACAGAGUAUGUGCACAGAUAUGUUGGUAAAGAGCCUAGUGGAUUAAGAUUCAACAAACUGUUCCUGAAUGAAGAUGACAGGCCUCACAAUCCUAUGGUGAAUGCUGGAGCAAUUGUGAUCACUUCCUUAAUCAAGCAAGGAGCAAAUAAUGCAGAAAAAUUUGACUAUAUGAUGCACUUUAUGAAUAAUAUGGCUGGUAACGAGUAUGUUGGAUUCAGUAAUGCCACGUUCCAGUCUGAAAGAGAGAGUGGAGAUCGAAAUUUUGCAAUUGGCUACUAUCUGAAAGAAAAGAAGUGUUUUCCAGAAGGCACAGACAUGGUUGCUAUAUUAGACUUCUACUUUCAGCUGUGUUCUAUUGAAGUGACCUGUGAAUCGGCUAGUGUGAUGGCAGCAACUCUGGCUAAUGGUGGCUUUUGCCCAAUUACUGGUGAAAGAGUACUGAGCCCUGAAUCAGUCCGGAAUACCUUGAGUCUAAUGCAUUCCUGUGGCAUGUAUGACUUCUCAGGACAGUUUGCCUUCCAUGUUGGUCUUCCUGCAAAAUCUGGAGUUGCUGGUGGCAUUCUUCUGGUUGUUCCUAAUGUUAUGGGUCUGAUGUGCUGGUCACCUCCUUUGGACAAAAUGGGCAACAGCGUUAAAGGGAUUCACUUCUGUCAUGAACUGGUUUCUUUGUGCAAUUUCCAUAAUUAUGAUAACUUGAGGCACUUUGCAAAGAAGCUUGAUCCUCGCAGAGAAGGUGGUGAUCAGCGGGUGAAGUCUGUGAUAAAUCUCCUGUUUGCUGCCUACACUGGGGAUGUAUCUGCACUCCGAAGAUUUGCUUUGUCGGGUAUGGAUAUGGAGCAAAGAGAUUAUGAUUCACGAACAGCAUUGCACGUAGCAGCUGCAGAAGGUCAUGUGGAAGUAGUUAAAUUUUUGCUGGAAGCCUGCAAAGUGAAUCCUUUCCCCAAGGACAGAUGGAAUAAUACUCCUAUGGAUGAAGCUUUACAUUUUGGACACCAUGAUGUAUUUAAAAUUCUUCAAGAAUUCCAGAUCCAGUACACACCUCCAGAGGAUUCCAGCGAUGGAAAGGAAAAUCAAACAGUUCAUAAAAAUCUAGAUGGCUUACUCUAACCAUCUUCAGCUAGAUCCCAAGAGUCAAAUCACUUACCUAUGUUGUUGUGGAAAAUGAGUAUGAAGAGCGUGUGUAUUUCUGUCUGACAGUGGUGUAUAUUUUACAGAAUAUUUCAUUUAUUUCAGUGUUACAGGAGUUUUCUUCAUAAUAUGCAGUGGACAAACCCAAUCGCUCCAAAAAACAAACAAACCCCAAACAACACCCCUCCCCCCGAGAAUCUCCUUCCAUAAUGUCAGCAAUAUUACCUCGUGUUGCAUAUAAUUGAUGUAAAGGAAAUAUUAGCUGUUGAUGGCUUUACUGUGCACUACUUAAUUUAUUUUUGUGUUCUAUGUAUAUCUUCAAACCGUGGUCAGGAAUUUUUCUGCUGAAUUUGCAUUUCUAAACAAAUCUCUUAGUGUGGCCAAGUGGAACCAUGCUGUUGCCAUGUGCAAGUGUCAUUGUGGUUUUGCUAGAUUUCAGGAGUUGAGGAUGCUGGUGUAGAUUGAACAUGGGUGUGUUGAACAAGGAUCUGCAUUUAUCUUGAUUUCCCAUGGAACCCUGUUUACAUAGUCACCUUGUUACCUAGAUCGAUCGGUCAAUCAGCCCUCACAGAGAGCGCUGAUCACAACACAUUGUUCAUGUUGUUCUAGCGAGUCCUUCAGCCACCCGUUGGCCAGGCUUGUCAGUGGCACCAGACACCUGAUCAGCAUAGCACACCUCAGCCCAGAACCCCUGAGCUCAAGCGAUCCGCCAGCCUCAGCCUCCCAGGUAGCUAGGAUUACAGGCGCGUGCCACCUUGAAUGGUUGUUUACAUAGUAUAAAUCUCAAAAUAAUGGUGACAUUUGUCAGUGGUCUGGGCUAAUUGUUCUUAGAGAUGAUUUUUUCAGGGAGUCUGUUUUAAGGUUGGUUUGAUGACCAAAUGCCAUGGAGGAAUAUCACUUGUUUGACUUUUUUUUUAGUUGUUCCUUUCAAAUGCCCAUUGUCCAGCCUCUCUCUCUGUCCAUAUUCAGCUGCUGAAGUGCUUUCCCUUUAGCUGGGGAAAGCAGGCACUUCCACAGUAUGCAUUGGUUCCUGACAGGCAUAUGUGCAUCAUGGGGGAUCUUGUAGGCUGCAAAAUAAUUCAUCUCAGUCUUAUGUUUUGUCCUCAGCUGCAACUACACCAAAAACCUUUUAGGGGAAUGGAAGUAUAUGAAAGGCAAAAUACUAAACCAAAUGUUCUAAAUCAGUUAGGCUCACAAUAAAAAACACUCAUGGAGUGAAACAGCUUAAAGAGGUAUAAAGCUAAUCAAAACAUGAGCAAGGUUGUGGAUAUGCCAAACUGUGCGUCUAUCUCUCUUCUUAUGCUGGCAUAAAUCCUUGAAUAGUUUUGUUGAAGCUUCUGAAGUUACGCUGGUGUAAAACAGGUAACAGAUCAGAAACAGGGGGCCACAAAUCAAGCAGUUCAUUUGUGUGUGAACUGUUGCAUUUGCCCUCUUCACAUGGUAGUCUGUGCCCCAUGUAUAUCAGGCGUUAGAAAUCUAAAUCCAAAUAUUUGUUCUAUUUUUGGGACCAUUACACUACAUCAGCUUCUUGCCAAUGCAACAAUAUGUCUGAUUACUGACACUGCAAUAUGAGUGAAGUCAUCUUUAAAAAAAAAAAAAAAACCUGGGUAGGAGUAUCUAUUUCACAUUUGUUGGAAGUAGGUGAUAGUUAAGAAUCAGGCAGUGUAUGGGAAUAAAACCAUUUGAGGGAACUUCACACAUCUCAAAGAUAUGGCAGUAAUAAUAAUUCAUCCAUAGAUCUCAAGGUGCCCACUUUACAGAUGGUGAAACUGAGGCAUGGAGAGGUCACCCAGAAAGUCAGUGGCAGAGUCAAGGUAUGGAACCCUUGUCUCCUGCGUCCCACUCCAGUGCUCUAGCCUCUGUGCGCAUUGCCUCCCCUAAGGAGGAGAAAUCAAAUGGAGGCACUUGAUAUUCAGCACAAGCAGUGGCCUAUCUCAUAAUAAAGAUGCUGUCCUGUAGUAGUUUGAAAGCCUAAACCCCUGAAAUCUGAUUGGUAAAAAUGCUUGCCUGGCAUUAGUCACUCUCCCCCCGAUCUGAUAUUGCUGCUUUUUGCCUCAAGUCAAUUAUUCACUCGACGGCCUCAUGCUUUUAUAACCUUCACCUUUCAUGCCUUGUGUCGCAGCCACCUUCCUCCUUAACCAAGAACUGGAUGGGAUUCCCUUUGAACCCUUCUUGGCCAGAUGGGUCACUGUUGAGAGCACAAGGCCCUGUCUCUGCUGCACUCCUACAGAGGAUAAAACGAGGCAAACUAAAUCCCACGUUUUCCUCUCUAACAUUCUUGGACCUACCAAAUUGAUCCUAUGGGACUAAAAUUUCUCAGGUUGGGCUCUGGGGGGGUACUGAUUAGGUCUCAAGCUAUGAGACGCAUUCUGUUUGUUAACUUAAUCAGAUUUCUUAGCAAACCAGAGAGACAUAGAAAAUGUAUCCUCUGUGGUCUCAGAAAAAAUGUCAGUGAUUUAUUUUGAUGUAAUUGAAAUCAGUCAAAAUUUACUUUGCUCGAACAAUAACCUUUCCAAAAGGUAGCUAUAUGUACUGAGAAGAUAAAGGCAUUUUAAUUAAAUAGCAUAGAGAUUGUGGCUGUCCCUGAACCUAAUGUUUUCCUCCACUAUAUUAAGAGCUUUUAGCUAGAAUUUUAGCACCAAUGCAUUUUCACCAGGAUAGUUUUAGCAUUUUCUCAUUGUACCAGGAGAUAUUAUUUUGCAAAGAUUUGUGCCCAGUGGAAGCAGUGCAUUUAUAUAUGCAAUUAUUUAUAAAUAUAUGUAGUUCACUGGUGUGGCUGCUCAUCAUUGCUGGCACCGACAUGUAGAUUUUAAUUUAAAUGGCUUUUGUUGUGUUAUCAAAUGCUGACAUCCUUAUGCUCCAAAGAGUUUUCUGUGUUAUGUUAUAUAUGUGCUUCUUAUGUAUCACAGCAACCAGAAAUGGUUAAGCUAACUUAAUGCUUUGUACAUAGAAAUAUUGUGCUGGUCUUAGCGUUAAUUAUCCCAUCUUUUUGUGAAAAAUGUGAUGUACUGGGCUGAUACUUUUUAGCUGCAGAGCUGGACUGUCAAUGAGUGUUUUUAUUGAUGCUGUACUUACUAUCAGCAAUUGUGACUGAUUGGUGUGACAUUUUAGAUUCCUUAUUGUGGGGAAUAGACAGUGAUGAAUGUAUUUGCUUUCAGCAAUUUUCCUGUAAGUGAAUCUAAAUUUUAAAAAUACUUGAGCUGUACUGGUUCUGAAAAUGAAAGAUAUUUAUUUUAAUGAAUAAAAUCCAGGUAUUGUUGCUUUUUACAGCACAAUUAAAAAGGAAUACCAAAAAAUA